AUGAAAUUGAAAAAGGCUCCGUGGCAGUGGGUUGCGUCACCACUCGGCUUCAACAUGCUACUCUCUAUGUUCAAAGAUAAUAUACCAGCUGUGGAAAAAUAUAUGGAGGUAGCUAAGAGUUUAGAAAGUGUAGACGGAUGUAAUAUAAAAAGAAGGAUAUUUAGUUCAUUGACCAGUUCACAUCCUGCUUUGGAUUUAUCACAAUUUAAAGAUAUUGAGAAGGCGGACUUUAAAAAAAAUGACAACGCAUUCACAGUCUAUUUGAACAGAUAUGGACCAUUGAGAUAUCAUGAGUAUUCUUCAAAAACUGAAUUCAUAUUUACUAGUGUCUGCACAUUUCAGAGCACUUGGCCAUCGGAGCCUAACACUGGUUUCAUGAAGUUGUACAAUUCAUUUAAUUACACACAAGACGUCAACUAUGAGGGUAAACUCUUAGAGUUACCUCUUCAGACUGAAGGUUUCAAGUUGGUGUUAGUAUUACCCAAUGAAAGUGCUAUAAUGAAGGAUUUAUUCUCAACAUUGUCUAAUUACGGCCUUGCUGCAGCCAUCAAAAGCAUACAGCCGCUAUUUACUGGGAAGACGGAGCUCAUAAUGCCUUUUAGUAUUGACAUCACAUCCAGAAUAGAACUAGAAAAUACAAAACACGGCUCACCGAUACAAUAUGGUACUGUAGCCGUAUCAGACAAAGGCGCGCAUGUCAAGGUACUUACUUGCUUGUAUUCACCUGCGGGCGCAAUAUCAAGCAACGAGGCUGUGACGCCAUUACAAGCUAGCGAGCCGCGGCCGCCGCCGCCAUUUUAUUUCGCAAUAGUUUACAACGACACGCCCAUAUUCUACGGAGAUUUUAGUAAACCUAUAAUACGCGCAUCGCUAUUGAAGAUUAAGAAAUCAAAAGACAGAUAG